AUGGGCGGGAACAACGCGCCUACCAAGGGCGUUAUAUACACGAUCGCGGGAGGACCGACCGCGGGAGAUUCGAGCCGAACACGAAAGAGAUGCGCUCGAGCGGCCGACUCGGUUCGAGAAAAGGAAUUCGUGCUAAAGGUGGAAGACGAAGAGGCUAUCUCAUUCAACAGUUUGGACAGAUUGGAUGAAGGUGGAGAACAGAACGACCCGAUGGUCGUCAAGCUAGAUAUUGCGAACUUCACCGUUCACAAAGUGUUGAUUGAUAGUGGGAGCUCAGCGGAGAUCAUCUUCAAAAAUGUGGUGGAUCGGAUGGGGCUGGAGAACGCGAGGCUUGAACCCGUGAAGACCCCGUUAGUUGGCUUCGGGGGAAGUGAAGUGGCCUCACUGGGGACGAUUGAGCUGCCAGUGUCCAUGGGAGAGGAGCCAAAAAGAAAAACCCUGAUGGUCAAGUUCUUGGUGGUGGAUACCCCAUUCACGUACAACGUCAUAUUGGGUCGGCCGGGACUGAACUCAUUCCGAGCGGUCAUCUCCACGUACCACAUGAAGAUGAAGUUCCCUACCGAGUAUGGGAUCGGGGAAGUAUCGUGCGACCAGAAGGAGGCUCGAAAAUGCUACAACCUAUCUAUAAAGGGGGAGCCGAGGUCGAAAAAGCAGAAGGUCAGGGAGGACGCAGAGCCCCGACCGUAUGAGGCAGAGCACAUGAAGCCCAGUGGCGGAUACAAAAAGGUGCAACUGUCCCAAAUGAGCCUGACAAAACUACCCGGAUAG